AUGCAGAUCGCUUCACCUGACGAUUUACACCUCCAUGUGAGAGAUGGCGAAAUGCUCAAGGCAGUACUCCCGCACACAGCACGUAUCUUCCGCAGAGCUAUCAUCAUGCCGAAUCUUGUCCCUCCAGUCUCAACGCUACAGAUGGCCAAAGAAUACAAGAAGAGGAUUCUCGCUGCAAUCCCUCAAGGGACAGAGUUUGACCCUCUGAUGACUUUGUAUCUCACACAUCAGACCACUCCUGAAGAUAUCAAACAGGCUGCGGCGGACGGAACGGUCACGGCGGUCAAGUGGUAUCCGGCAGGAGCUACCACCAACUCGGGGGCAGGAGUGAAGGAAACAGAGCUAGAGAAAGUUCUUCCCACACUCAAGGCCAUGGAGGAAGUCGGAAUGCCUCUGCUAUGUCACGGGGAGAGCACGGACCCGACCGUCGACGUCUUCGAUCGAGAGGCUACGUGGGUUCGCAAUGUGUUGGCACCAUUAGUGGACUUGUUGCCUAACCUCAAGAUCGUCAUGGAGCACAUAACCACCAAAGAAGGUGUCGAGUUCGUCCAGAAUGCCCGCAAAGGAGUUUGCGGCACGUUGACUGUGCAGCAUCUCCUCCUCAAUCGCAAUGCUCUCUUUAGCUAUGGAGGAGCUGGAGGCUUGCGGCCACAUCACUACUGUCUGCCGGUCCUAAAGCGAGAAGAACAUCGCAAGGCGCUAGUCGCUGCUGCCACCUCCGGGUCCAGCAAGUUCUUUGCGGGGACUGACUCAGCCCCCCACACGGUGGACAAGAAGGAGUGCUCGUGCGGUUGCGCUGGCUGCUUCACAGCCCCGGCAGCUCUCGAGCUCUACGCCCAGCUGUUCGAGGCGGAGGGAAAGCUUGAGAAUCUGGAGGGUUUCGUGAGCCAUCAUGGCGCUGACUUCUACGGCCUGCCUCGCAACUCGACCUCCGUGAAGCUCGAGAAGGCCACAUGGACGAUCCCAGCAGCAGUGGAGGUCGCAGGAUCUUCACCUGUCGUCCCCUUCAUGGCCGGGGAAGAAAUUAGCUGGCGAGCUACUCGAGUAUGA